UUGUAGUUUCUGUUUCUAAUGCAGCAAACAGGCGCAGUCAUAUUCGCGGCCGUGUGUUCUGUGUUCUGUACUGGUGCGUUUAAGGUGUGUAGGCUGAGUGUCGUCGCGGGAUUCAACGUUGUUUCCUGUUCCCCAAAUAUGACCGCUCGUGCUGGCGCACAGCAGCCCUGAUGUUAAAACCAGCACACACAGGGGUCACGCGUGGACGCGGACGAACGUGCAGGCAGGAAAUAUAGAGCGCGCUCCACGGUCUAGCAGCAGACUGCGCGCUACAGGGAAGUGAGUCUUGCCUACUUUGUGCGUUGUUAGAAGUUGCCUGCGGCCUGUGGCAGCCCCCUUUUCUCUCCGGGUUAAAAAGACGGUGAUCGUCCAGCCUUUCAGGGGGAACGGCGUUGAAAAGUGAGUGAUGAAGACAGGAGAUGUCAACUUGAUGUACGGAAAGCUCCACUUAUGAGACAGGGGAGGAGGAAGAAGAGGAUCAUUUGUCAAUGUUUUGAAAUCUAAAUCUCUGUUUGACUCAGCCCCGCUUGAUCAUGGCCCAGUGGGCACACAUGUCCAAUCUUCUGCAGUGCCUCCCUGAUGACACCGUCAACACCCUCUAUCCUCCAUCCACCUUCCCUAUUGAAGUCAGGCAUUAUAUAUCUGAGUGGAUCGAGAGCCAAAGAUGGGAAGAUUUUGCGCUGGAAAAUGUGGAGCAGGAGAGCAGGGCUCGAACUCUGUUGGACAUGGCCGUCAGCAUUCUACAAGAAACUGCUCAGCGAAACGUCAACGUAGUGGACAAGAUGAAGCUGAUGCAGAUCAGCAGGAACAUGGGUGUGUUUCAGGCGCAGUCUCUACAGUUUGCAGUCAUGGUCAGAGACAUUCUCAGGCAGGAGAGAGUCCUGAUCGGCAGGAACAAUGAUACACUGUUCCCACCCUUCCAACCGCCCCGCCCCGAGCCCCUACACGAUGUCGACCACCUGGUUCUGAAGGUGCUGGAGCUCCAGGAAAUCCGGAAGAACAUGCACCAGAUGCAAGAAGACCUCAACUGGGAGAGGCAAAACUAUGAGAGUUUACAAGGUCAGUUCCAAGCGAAUGGAUUGGAGUCAGGAAGGACAGAAAUUGCCAAACUCCAGACCCAGUUACAGCAGCUGGAGUUCAAAGUGAACUCGUUGUCUGCGGCACGUUUCCAACUGCUGCAGGAGUGCGUAGACCUUCUUGAACGCUGUCAGGGUGAAUUCCUCGUCAAGCUGAAGGCCUGGAGAUGGGCGCAGCACAAGUCAGCCAUCGGACUUCCCUUUGACGACAACCUCAACCCCUUUCAGACCCGGUGCGAGCAGCUGCUUGGGAUGAACGGGAACUUGAGGCAGGAAAUUAUGUUGAUUGGGGAACAAAUGGUGGACCUCCAGAAAAGGCUCGCACAACUUCUGCAAGUUUUGAUCGAAAGCUCUCUGGUAGUAGACAAGCAACCCCCUCAGGUCAUUAAGACUCAGUCCAAGUUUUCUGCAACUGUGCGGUAUCUGCUGGGGGAGAAAAUAGCUCCCGGGAAGGCUGUGAUGCUGAGGGCUCAGAUCAUAAAUGAACUGCAGGCCAGGAACCUGGGCAGUGCACCCAGUGAAACUGUUGGCGAACUGAUCAACAAUUCAGCCGUCCUAGAACACAACGUGGCCAGCAAAAGCACAUGUGCCACCUUCAGAAACAUGUCCAUCAAGAAAAUCAAGAGAGCUGACAGAAAGGGGUCCGAAUCUGUGACGGAGGAGAAAUUUGCUCUCCUGUUCUCCGCAGAGAUCCCCAUCACAGGCUGUGACACUCCUUACAAGAUACAGAUGAUCUCUCAGCCCGUGGUCGUCAUUGUUCACGGCAGUCAAGACAACAAUGCUGUGGCCACCAUAAUAUGGGACUGUGCAUUUUCUGAACCGGACAGAGUACCCUUUGUGGUGCCGGAUCGUGUGUCCUGGAGUAUAAUGUUCAGCACUCUCAACAGUAAAUUUACUUCUGAAGUACAAACCCAGCAUGAACUAGAUUACUACAACCAACACUUCUUAGCCCAGAAGAUAUUCGACAAAACCAACCUUUCUGAAGACUACACCAACAUGCAGGUUUCCUGGGCCCAGUUUAAUAAGGAAGUCCUCCCAGGUCGACCGUUCACUUUCUGGCAGUGGUUUGAGGGAGUGAUGGAGCUAAGCAAGAAACACCUGAAGGACUACUGGAGUGAAGGGCUGAUAUUUGGCUUCAUUGGGAAGCAGCAUCUGCACCUGAUUCUCAAAGACAGACCUGAUGGGACAUUCCUGCUGCGCUUCAGUGAUUCAGAGAUUGGAGGCAUCACCAUUGCGUAUGUGUGUUCUUUGGAAACUGGCGGACAGAAAGUCCAGAACAUCCAGCCUUUCACCAAGAGAGACCUCGACAUCCGUAGCCUUGGUGAUCGCAUCCGUGACAUCAAUGAAAUCACACACCUUUACCCCAACUUUCCUAAACACGAGGUUUUCAAAAAAUUUUACUCAGAGACUCCAGCGCACAAUGGAGGUUACAUCCCUGUGUCUCUCCAGACUAAAGUUGGCAAGGAUGUCCAGGGAUCUACACAAACUUCCAACAUGCCGCCGGUCUUCAUGGAAACAGCAGCCUCGCCCUCUAGUGUGGCAUCCCUGACUGAGAACAGCCGUAGCCACUUCCCCAUGGAAACUCAGCAACCUCCCGGUAUGGUCUCUCCGUCUGACCUCCCUGGUAGCUUCAGUAUGGAUACGCACCAGGCUCCCAAUAUGGUUUCUCCUUCUGACCUCUCUGGUAACUUCAGUUUACUCAAUCCAUCGUUCACCCCCGAUUUGCCUUCAGGCAUGAUAGAAUCUGCACUUUCUUCUGAGGACGACGAAAACAUCUCGAAUAUCGACUUCAACAGCUUGUUGGAAUUUGAAAAACGUUAGAACUUGGAGUGCAAGGAAGACACUGAACAGAGACUUGGAGCAAAACUCUUCUUUCUUUCACGCUGGAGUCUCAUCUACUUUUGAGUGUGAAUGUAUCAGAAACAAAUAAGAUCUCUCUCUGGAGCUCGACAUGUUCGGCUGGUACUGCGGGAAAGCGGGAGCUCUUUGCGAGGACAAAGUAAAACGGAACACAUCAGGAGGACGACGACGACGCUAUGGUGCCGCCCAGCUGUGCCUUGUUGUGCCACCUCUUCACAAAACUAUUAUCUCUCCCUCUUUUGAUAGGUUUGCUAGUUUCAAUACUUUGCUUGUAUGUGGAAAUAUAAGCGAAUUACUGUACAUAUUAAAGACUUUUUCCAGCAACAACAAAACCAGACAUAAAAAAGUAAUGAUAUAUGACAUUCCCAGUGGGUGUUAGACUGUCAGCUGUGAGAGAUGGGUUCGUUUAGGCUGUGGAACAUAUUGCAUUUAAUCCUGUUUUUGCUCAUAAUAUUUUUAGUGAUCAUGAAGUUAUGUCUGUAAAGGUCCCUAGUCAUCCAGGUCAUGGUAAUCCAAGCCUUUAUGACUAUGAGCUAAGCAUCUUUCAGUAGUAUUUCCCGAUUGUAUAUAACCCUUUUCCUUGAAAAAGCCUUGGUCACACCCUUUCUGUGAACACACAGCAUGCAUGCAUGAGCCAGAGUUUGCGGCUUGCUCUAAAGUACAGUGGAACACGGAGGGAAGAGUGAUCCUUCCCAUCACAGCUGAAUGAAACUAUACCAGACUGAUGGAGACUGACAGUGCAGAAAAUGGCAUAUUUCCUGUGGCGCUGAUGGUGGCGGGCAAGGCUUCUAUUCCAUAUCACUUAAAGAGUCUGUUAUGUCAUGUUUUCUAUUAUAUGUACAGUGCAAGCUUUUGUUGAUUAGUCUCCUGUCCUAUUGACUCAUGUAGAUGCGUAAAUGUUACAUUACAUUACCUGGCUUUCUUUCAGAUUUUGAUGCACGCAAACACACAAGAAAGCCUUGAAAGCACGGUACUCCUUGCUCCUAACACAUGAAUCCUGAAGUUUUUUGUUUUUUUUGUACAUUUUUGUAACUAAAUUAAGGCAUUUGUGGCUUUAAAGAUUAAAAAAAGCAGUCAGUGAUAUAAUACGGAUAAGCCAGGGAAAUUGAGUAGCUCCACAUUUAAAAGGAAACACUGCAGUAAAGAGAAAUAUUAUCCUGAUGGAGGAUAGAGUGUCUUAGUUUGAGCUCUCGCACUCAGUCACAUUUCUUUUGUAUUCGAACGUCUCUGUGUGGUGCAUACAAUAACAUGAUGAUGUGUUGAAUGUUCAAUGUUGCAUGUAUCCUUUGCUUAGGCUUUUAUAUCUGGUGUCGUCAGACGUCUGGAUAAAUCACUCAAGAGGCUUCUGCUACGAUCUUUCAGUGUAAUGACAAAUAAAAUUUCAGCUUUUUUCAAAAUA